AUGUUUAUGGGAACUGACCCUCAUUCCAGACCUGGUUAUGAGUAUAAGAAAGACCGUGCAGUUGCUUCAAUUAGUUUCACCAAGUUAUUUGACCUUGUCAAAGUGAAACACCUCUCUCGCCAUGGUUCAGAUCAUUCUGCUAUCAGCAUCACGUUGGAAGCAGACAUUGAGGAUGUUCCUAAAAAGAGGCAACAUAUUUUCAGAUUUGUAGAAGUCUGGCUGAAGGAUCCAAAGUGUGAGGCUCUUAUUGAAAAGAUGUGGAAAAGUCCAAUUUUACAGGGGCUUGAGAAGCUUCUUAAGGAAGACAUUAGGUGGGAUGUGAAUGUAGAAGAAAUAAAAACCCAGAAGAAUAUUGAAGUUCAACGCAAUGAUUUUCUGAAGAUGGAAGAAAUCAUUUGGCGUCAAAAGAGUCAGGCAGUUUGGUUGCACCAUGGGGAUCGAAACACCAAGUUCUUCCAUGACAAGGCCAACCAAAGAAGUAAUACAAAUACAAUCAAGAAGCUCAAGGAAGAUCAAAUUUUUUGGUGGAAAGGCUACGAUAAGUGCAAGAGACUCCUUAUCAACCACUUUUCUGAGGGUUUUUUGUCAUCCCAUCCCUAUCACAUUGAAGAAUGUUGUGAGUGUGUUAAAGAUACUUUGGCUCCUUAA